AUGGAAAACGCUCAAACGCAUGCAGCAGCAGCAGCAACAUCAGCAGCAGCACCAGCAGCAGCACCAGCAGCAGCAGCAGCAGCAGCAGCAGCAGCAGCAGCAGCAGCAGAGAUGCAGCAAAGCUGCUGCGAGAUUCUGGCUGUACGUCAUGGCUUGACGGAUUACAACGCCCAGCGGCGGCUGCAGGGGCAGCUGGAUGUGCCGCUGAACGAUACAGGGAGACAGCAGUGCCGUGACUGUGGCAUUCGGUUGAGUAUACGAGAAGCAGCAUGCAUAGAGGCCGAGGUCACCAUAGAUAAGAGGAUUCAGGAGUGGAACGCAGGGGUGUUGCAGGGUCACCUCCUCGAUGAUCUACCGAAACUCUUUCCUGCAGAAUGGAAUGCAUGGAACAAGAGUAGGGACCCGAAAUUUGUGUUCCCUGAAGGAGAGAGUUUUCAGGAGCGUUAUGAUCGGGUAUCUGAGUUUUUUAUUGAAGUGACAGAGCGACAUUUGGGUCAGCGAAUUCUCGUUGUUACGCACGGGGGGGUUUUAGAUGAUUUGUUUCGCCUCGUGCGGUGA